AGACACACUUGAUCAGAGGAGAAAGAUGGAAGCUCUGAACAUUCUUCUCUGUCUGCUUCUAACUGCCUUUCAGCCAAAAACCACUGUGUCAUGGUCAUGGACAACAGAUUACUGGCUGUAUUCCACGGAAGAUCCUGCAUAUGCCUAUUCAUGCAGGUAUAACUGUGGAUACCACUUUGGCACUUGUUCAUGUACACACUCCUGUCAGUACUAUGGAAACUGUUGCUAUGACUUCGACAGCUACUGCUCAAUGACAACCGACUGGCCAGAUACAACAGCUUCCUCCUGCAUGUAUAACUGUGGAUACAACCUCGGCAGCUGCUCAUGCAACUACAACUGUCAUUACUAUGGCAACUGUUGCCCUGACUACGACAAUUUGCCCUCCUGCAGGUAUAACUGUGGAUACAACUUCGGCAGCUGCUCAUGUGACUACGACUGUCGUUAUUAUGGCAACUGUUGCCCUGACUAUGACAGCCACUGCUUAACGCCAACAACAACUUUCGAGAUAGAUACAACAGGAAAAGCUCCCUCCUGCAUGUAUAACUGUGGAUACUACGCUAGCAGCUGCUCAUGCACUUACAACUGUCAUUAUUAUGGGGACUGUUGCCCUGACUACGACAACUACUGCUCAUCGACAAGUGAAACUCCAGUGACCUGGGAUGAAACAACAGAAACAACAGCAGGCCCCUCCUGCAUGUAUUACUGUGGAUACCAUUUCGGCAGCUGCUCAUGCAACUACGACUGUCAGUUCUAUGGCAACUGUUGCUAUGACUUUCACUGGUAUUGCCCAUCAUACACAACAACAGAUACACACCCUGAGUGUGGAGGACACCUGUAUGGUUCUGGGCUGUUUUCCAGUCCAAACUACCCCAGCUAUUACCAUGACAAUGCCUACUGUGUGUGGCAUCUCUCUGCUCAGCAAGGACAGAGGAUCUUCCUGACAUUUGCUGAUGUGCAAUUGGAGCGCUGCUGUAACUGUGACUACAUCACAGUAUACGACGGCUCUUCCACUGGUCAUCCACAGCUGGGAAAGGUCUGCUUCAAUGACACCACACCCCAGGUGUUUCACUCUUCUUCACGAUACUUGACUGUUGUCUUCAGGAGCGACUACUCUGGUGUCAGCCAUGGUUUCAAGGCCCUUUUCACAAGCUCUCUCACUGAAGAUCAAGACAACAUGGUCAUUGUCAUUCAAAGGUCUUACCUGAACUCACUCGGGUUGAGUGCAAAUGACCUUUAUGUAGAUGACCAUCUUUGCAGACCCUCCAUUAGCAGUACUGAGGUUGUGUUCAGAUUCCCACUUGACGCAUGUGGGACCGCCAAAGAGAUGAUGAAUGGUUAUGUGUCAUACACCAACAAUGUGAGGGCCUCUCAGUCUCAGUCAGGUGAAAUCACUCGUCAGUCACAGUUCCUGCUACACGUGGGCUGCCGAAUGGAGCCGGACACCAUGGUGCAGAUAUUCUACAAGGCCAGGGAGAACAUCAAUGCCAACAUCACAGGAAUGGGCCGCUUCAAUGCCAGCAUAGCCUUCUACACCUCCAGCAGUUUCUACUAUCAAAUUUACGACUCUCCAUAUGAGGUGAACCUGAAUCAGUUUCUGUACGUUCAGGUCGAGCUAAACAGGCAUGACAACAGUCUGGAUCUCUUCCUGGACACAUGUGUAGCGUCUCCAAAUCCCAAUGACUUCAAAGAUCGCUCCUAUGACCUGCUCCGUAACGGAUGUCACAGAGACAACACAUAUUAUUCCUACACCAGCGGUCAUCACUACUACGCUCGGUUCAGAUUCCAGGCUUUCAAGUUCCUCCGGACUCAUGCCUAUGUGUACCUGCAGUGUAAGGUGAUCAUCUGCCCCAAUAACGAUUACAACUCUCGCUGCCGGCAAGGCUGCCGCUUCCGUCGCAAGAGAUCCCUUGACAGCACCUACCACACCAAUACUGUGACGCUGGGGCCAAUCAAACUCAAAGUGGAGCCAACGGAGGGAGGAGCCGUGAUGGAGGAAGGGCUGACGAGGGAGCCCGGCGGAGCCAGUGGACAGAUCGGCCACGGCGGAGAGGAGGGAGCUAGGAGCCAUGGUGGAGCCAACGUUGUAGCUAACAGUGAGUUCAGCGCAGCGUCGUCGUACGCUGUUAAAACGGCGAGCUGGCUGAACUCAACCGCAUACUCCAAGAGGGAGAGGUCCUUGCGGGCUAGGGCGCAAAAACCAUUGGGUCAUGGACAACAGUUUAUCAGUUACAUCAAAGUAUAUGAUGGUCCUUCUACCCUCCACCCAUUUCUGGGAGAAAUAAAGGAGUACAGGAACCAGUCUUUCAAAUCCAGCAACAAUGAUCUGACUGUGUUUUUCUACAGUGAUCACAGUAUAACACGUAAAGGAUUUCAUGCAACCUGGCUCUUUGUAGAAUCAUGUGGUGGCUAUAUGACAGACUGGAUGGGUGACUUGUCCAGUCCUCGGUACCCUAAUAACUACCCUGAUAACUCAUAUUGCAGAUGGACCAUUCAUAGCACAGGGAACAUGACAGUGUCACUGACCUUCACUGAUGUUGCUUUGGAAACAUGCUGUGAUUACAUCAAAGUAUAUGAUGGUCCUUCUACCCUCAACCCCUUACUGGGAGAAAUACAGGAGUACAGGAACCAGUCUUUCAAAUCCAGCAACAAUGAUCUGACUGUGCUUUUCUACAGUGGCAGUAGUGUAACACGUAGAGGAUUUCACGCAAACUGGGUCUUUGUAGUUUCUCACCCCGAGUGUGGAGGACACCUGUAUGGUUCUGGGCUGUUUUCCAGUCCAAACUACCCCAGCUAUUACCAUGACAAUGCCUACUGUGUGUGGCAUCUCUCUGCUCAGCAAGGACAGAGGAUCUUCCUGACAUUUGCUGAUGUGCAAUUGGAGCGCUGCUGUAACUGUGACUACAUCACAGUAUACGACGGCUCUUCCACUGGUCAUCCACAGCUGGGAAAGGUCUGCUUCAAUGACACCACACCCCAGGUGUUUCACUCUUCUUCACGAUACUUGACUGUUGUCUUCAGGAGCGACUACUCUGGUGUCAGCCAUGGUUUCAAGGCCCUUUUCACAAGCUCUCUGACUGCAGAUGAAGGUCAUGUGGAUUGUUCCUCAGACAAAAUGGUCAUUGACAUUCAGAGGUCUUACCUGAACUCACUCGGGUUGAGUGGAAAUUACCUUUAUGUAGAUGACCAUCUUUGCAGACCCAACAUUAGCAGUACUGAGGUUGUGUUCAGCUUCCCACUUGACGCAUGUGGGACCGCCAAAGAUAUGAUGAAUGGUUAUGUGUCCUACACCAACAAUGUGCGGGCCUCUCAGUCUCAGUCGGGUGAAAUCACUCGUCAGUCACAGUUCCUGCUACACGUGGGCUGCCGAAUGGAGCCGGACACCAUGGUGCAGAUAUUCUACAAGGCCAGGGAGAACGUCAAUGCCAACAUCACAGGAACGGGCCGCUUUAGUGCCAGCAUAGCCUUCUACACCUCCAGCAGUUUCCACCAGGAAAUUUACGACUCUCCAUAUGAGGUGAACUUGAAUCAGCUUCUGUAUGUUCAGGUCGAGCUAAACAGGCCUGACAACAGUCUGGAUCUCUUCCUGGACACUUGUGUAGCGUCUCCAAAUCCCAGUGACUUCAAAGAUCGCUCCUAUGACCUGCUCCGUAACGGAUGUCCCAGAGACAACACAUAUUAUUCCUACACCAGUGGUGAACAUUACUAUGCUCAGUUCAGUUUCCGAGCUUUCAAGUUCCUCCGGACUCAUGCCUAUGUGUUCCUGCAGUGUAAGGUGAUCAUCUGCCCCGAUAACGAUUACAACUCUCGCUGCCGGCAAGGCUGCCGCUUCCGUCGCAAGAGAUCCCUUCACAGCACCUACCACACCAAUACUGUGACGCUGGGGCCAAUCAAACUCAAAGGCAUUGUGUGAAGGAGUCUGAAAUGUCAAAGGAAUGAAGUGAUCAUCUCAAUCAUAACCUUAUUCAUUACUAUUGAUCAAUCUUUAUUAACC